CUUUGGAGUUCCAACUUUUGUUAAUCUCUUGAUUUCUAGUUUCGAUUUUGGAUGCCUUUGUUAAAUUAACCUUAAUCAGGUCCCUAGACAUAUUCUACUAAUCUAGGCGUCUCUUUAAUUAGGAUUGUAUAUUAUAUGAGUUUUAGACCUGGACCUACAAUACCUGCUUGCUUUAUUAGCGUUCAGUCUGCUUGGACUGUUCUUUCCAAAUCACUAAUGAUUGGUGUGUCCGCCAGGAGGCAGCACGUCCGUUUACCAGGGUAACAUAUAACUUUUGACAGGACUGAAAGCAAACUGAAAGGAAUAUCCUACACACCGCAGGAACUGCAGAUUUCGCCUAAUCUAUUUUAAAAAUCCCAGGCAUAGCAUAUCUUCCCAUCGACAUUGUUAUUAAACAUACAUCGUAUUUUGUAUAAAGUGAACGAAAUAUUUUACUUUUUAAAAACAUUUUCGAUUAGAAAGUUCUCGAUUAGAAAUGGAUGUUCAGAAGUAUUUUCUACGCAUUGGGUAUGAGGGACCAGCGUUGCCAACGCCGACCUUGGACGCGCUCCAGCGUGUACACCGCUGUCAUCUGAGGACUGUCCCUUUCGAGAACCUCACCAUCCACAGCGGGGGGCGCGUACGACUCGAACUCCCGCACCUCUAUGAUAAAAUCGUUCAUCACCGCCGCGGAGGGUUCUGCUUCGAGAACAACGGUCUGUUCUCCUGGCUUCUGUCGGAAAUGGGAUUCGACGUCACCAUCCUAGCGGGCCAAGUGAGAGACGCCGUCACAGGGUGGUACGGCCCGCCGUUCGACCACUUCAUCUCCAUGGUGACGCUCGAGGGGCAUCGGUGGCUGUGCGACGUGGCAUUUGGUGGAUCAGGGUUCGAGCUCCCCAUGUCCUUAGAGACGGAAGAACCUCAGAAGCAGGGCCACAGAGUGUACAGGAUCAGACGAGCGGGAGAGAUGCACUUUCUGGAGUGGCAAGAUGAAGAGAGAGAAACUGGGCUCUGGACUGAGCUAUACAAGUUCACUCUGGACACAAGACACAGAGGAGACUUCAUAGAGAUGUGUGACUACCAUCAGAGCUCCCCUAGCUCCAUCUUCUUCUGCAAGUCUCUCUGCUCCAUGCUGAAGCCUACCGGGAGGCUCACCUACAUGGGCCAUAAACUCAUCACCACCCAGUUUCCCUCAGAUGAAGCUGGGACUGUGACUAAAGCCAGCAGAGAGCUGACUGAUGAAGAGAUACCUGACAUACUAAAAGAGGAGUUUGGAAUAAUACUGGAAUCUCAACUUGUCCCAAAGGAUGAAACUAUGACACCACCCCUCAACAUUUUUUAAAAUGUUUUUUUGUUCUUCUUCUUCAUGAUAAACAACAAGACAGAAACAAAUUGUCAGUUUGAUUUAAUAAAUUAAUAUACAUA